AUGUUGAAUAUAGAUAAGAUUGGUGUAGCAGUCCAUCUGGUCCUGCUCAGCUCGGCCGCGCCGUGCCUCGCCGCCGCGGCGCCCCGCCUCCUCCCGGCGUACGCGCGCCUCGGCCGCUACGACGAGGUCCUCCUCGCUGUGCGGGAGCUCUCGGCGCGGGACCCCGCCCAGGCGCAGGACCUCUACCCGCUCGCCGUCUCCUCCCUCGGCGCCGCCGGCGAGCUGUCCCUCAUGGAGGACGCGCUCAAAGAGAUGUCCCGCGCUGGGCGCCGCGUCAACUCCGCCACGGGCAACGCCUUCGUGCGCCACUACGCGGCCGCCGGCACCGUCUGGGAGAUGGAGGCGGCGGUCGGCCGGCUCAGGAAGACCAGCCUCCUCAUCUCCGCCGACGCCAUCCGUGCCGUCGCGUCUGCGUACGUCACGCAGCGCCAGUACUACAGGCUAGGCGAGUUCGCGCGCGGCCUCGGCCUCGGCCGCCGCAACGCCGGCAACCUGCUCUGGAACCUCUACCUCCUCUCCUUCGUGGCCAACUUCAAGAUGAAGUCGCUGCAGCGCGCGUUCUUGGAGAUGGCCGACGCCGGGUUCCGGCCGGACAUCACCACCUUCAACAUCCGCGCCGCCGCGUUCUCCAAGAUGUGCAUGUUCUGGGACCUCCACCUCACCGCUGACCACAUGCGCAGCGACGGCGUCAAGCUGGACCUCGUCACGCACGGCUGCUUCAUGGACGCAUACAUGGAGCGCCGGCUCGCGUGCAACCUCUCCUUCGCAUUCCGCCGGCUCGACGGCGCAGGGCCAGCGACAGGAGCUCGAGGGGCGGUCAAGGUCGAGUUGCUGGCGCCGGCCCACGCGCCCUCGGCCGGCUCCCGCGCGCCGCCCCGGCCGGCAGCGCACCGCGCGCCCGCCUGUUGUGCUCUCUGCCGGCUCCCGCACGGCUUCUCUGCGCGCUCCGUCGAUGCAGAAAAACAAAGCGUUAAUUCGUGUACUGGUCACCGUGUUCCAGGUGGGACGCGGGAGGCGUUGUUUAGCGAACGUAGUACAGAGUUAGUGCUCCUAGUGGUGCAGUUAACUCAGUGUUGCACAUCUCCUUUCUUCUAUACUCGCCUUCAGCAUGCCAUCCCGUACAUGACGCGCGGCCGCUUGCCUAGCUUUGUCAAGCUCCGUUCCUUCAUCCUUCUCGAGGAACAGCACCGAACCCGUCGACUGGCGGGGGCUCUCCUUCCGGUAGGGGGCUCGCAGUACGGCACCCACGGCGGCGGCUCGCCGUACGGCGCCAACGGCGGCAGCUCGCACUACGGCGUCCAUGGCGGCGGUUCUUCUUCCGGAUCCUAUCCACCGUGA